UAUGUGAGAAACAUGAAAUACAGCAAUCAGUUGCAGGAACAUGUAGAAUAUACCCUUCGCCGAAUGAAAGAAAAGGGCAUCGAACCCUCAGAACAUACAUAUUUACUAGCUAUUCUCGGCAUGGCCAGGCAACGACAUAAAAUGCCAUAUCAAGAAUCGAGAAUGGAAAAGUGGUUUUAUGAAUUUCUGGCAUUGCAAAUGAAAAAACCAAAGCCUUUCAAUAACUUGAAAACAGUUCUGCUCGCCAUGUCUAGACAAGGGCACCCUAAUUUGAAAGAAAUGUUUCUAACGAUACAUCAGGCCUAUCCUUAUCUCGACGUAGAAUGUUGGAAUGCGGCGCUGAGAGGAUGUAUGAGAGCAAAGACUCCAGGAAAAGCGCAACAACUGUUUGACAUAGCCCGAAAAAUCAAUAAGGUGGAUGCAGACAGUUAUAUGAUUAUGGUAGACUCUUAUCUACAUUUCAAAGAUCACACAUCUGCGAAAGAAAUAUUUGUGACAAUGAUGAACGAUAAGAAAUAUACAGCAGAUAGCCGCUUUUAUGGAACUUUUAUCAUAUAUUAUACGAAAUCCAGACCUAAUCGAGAGACAUUUGAAACAAUAGAUAAACUGUGGCAAGCAGUAUUGACCACUACACAAAGGGAUGAAAAAAUACCACCUGCCUGGAUAGAGGCAUCUUUAAGAUAUUAUCAUAAAUACGGUGGGCUAGCCAAUGCAGAACAGCUGUUUCUGGAUCUAAAAAUAAGACACCAGACAUUAAAUAAGAACUGCAUAAGCCUUAUGUACGAUAUUAUCUGCAAAUUUUCGAGAAGACGACAGUUGAGGUCAGCUAUUUCACUGUACUAUGAUAUGCUAGCAGAAGGUUACCCAAUCGAUAAUACGGCUUUGCUAGCUAUUAUCAAAACUUUAAAAAAAAUCGAUGAUUUACCAACAGCAGAAAGCCUCAUUAAGUUAAUA